CAAAGAGAAUGGAAGAAGGGUUGUUAGUCAAAGAGAGAGAAGUGAAGGCAGAAAGGCUAACAUGGGGUCUUAUAGGCCAAGAAAUGAAGAGACUUUGCUGCAUAGCAGGACCUAUGGGGGCUGUGACUCUAUGCCAGUUCUUGCUUCAAGUUAUAUCUUUGAUGAUGGUUGGGCACUUGGGUGAACUUUCACUUUCUAGCUCCGCCAUAGCCAUUUCUCUUUGUGCUGUUACUGGCUUCAGUCUUCUUUCAGGGAUGGCAAGUGCUCUCGAAACUCUAUGUGGGCAAGCUUAUGGAGCUCAGCAAUAUCAAAAGUUUGGAACCCAUACGUAUACUGCUAUCUUUUGUCUCCUCAUUGUUUGUAUACCUCUCUCUAUCAUCUGGAUGUACCUGGGAAAAAUUCUCGCUUUGAUUGGACAAGAUCCUCUGAUUUCACAUGAAGCUGGAAUAUUUGCCACCUGGCUUAUUCCAGCACUCUUUGGCUAUGCAACUCUUCAACCACUUGUUCGGUACUUUCAAAUGCAAAGUCUGAUUUUUCCGAUGCUCAUAAGUUCCUGCAUCACAAUUUCUUUCCACAUACUCAUAUGUUGGGUGCUUGUAUACAAUUCUGGAUUAGAGAAUCGUGGAGCUGCAUUUGCUAUGGGUAUUUCAAUGUGGUUGAACGUAAUUAUUCUCGGUUUGUACAUGUGCUGCUCUUCUUCCUGUGAAAAAACCCGUGCUCCAAUUUCAGGGGAGGUGUUAUAUGGAGUGAAAGAAUUUUUCCGAUUUGCUAUUCCUUCAGCUGUCAUGUUAUGCCUUGAAUGGUGGUCAUAUGAGCUUCUGAUUUUGUCAUCAGGCCUUCUGCCAAACCCACAGCUUGAAACUUCUGUCCUCUCUGUAUGCCUCAACACUAUCAUUACACUCUAUGCAAUACCAUAUGGACUUGCUGCAGCAGUAAGCACCAGAGUUUCGAAUGAGCUAGGAGCAGGAAACCCAGAAGGUGCUCGAGUUUCUGUAAUUGGUGUUUUGCUUCUUGCUGUCACAGAGGUGAUAAUUGUUGAUGCAGUCCUCUUUGCUAGCCGGCAUGUUUUUGGUUAUGUUUUUAGCAGUGACAAAGAUGUUGUGGAUUACGUCACAACUAUGGCUCCCUUGGUUUGUCUAUCUAUUCUAAUGGAUAGCUUACAAGGAAUCCUUUCAGCUGUUGCAAGAGGAUGUGGCUGGCAGCAUAUAGGAGCCUAUGUCAAUCUUGCAUCAUUUUAUCUUGUUGGAAUUCCUAGUGCUCUUAUAUUGGGUUUCGUGGUAAAGAUAAGAGGGAAAGGUCUUUGGAUCGGAAUCCUAUCCGGUGCUACUGUACAAAGUUUGCUGCUCUUUAUUGUAACAAUGUGCACAAAUUGGGAGAAACAGGCAAUAAAGGCACGAGAGAGGUUGUUCCAAGAAAAUGUUUCAGCUGAAGAUGGACUAAUGUGAUAACAAGAGCCUACUGGUAAUUUGAACAACAUCUAAGCUAUAACUUAAGAACUUACAGAAGAAUUGGAUGAUAGCUCAUUUUGGCACCAGAAUCUCAACUGCAAUUGAAAUUACUUCCAUCAUUUGCAGCAAAUUGCUUUGAUUCUGUAUGUCUAUGAUGACUGCAUGAAGCUGGAGCUAAGGACUAUUAUCACCUAAAAGUAGCUCAUCUGUUUCUCUUCUCCUUUUGGGAGGUUUAGAGAUAGGUUCUUACUGACUGAGAAGUUCCUCUAAGGAAUAGUACUACUUUGGCUCUGCCAUUCCCUGUUUGUAGAAUUCCAGAGUGAAAUCCAGUCUCUACCACGGGAAAAUUUACUUGGGAACA